AUGGAGGAUUCGAGGGAAAACUGGGCAUGGCGUGCAGAUCGUAGCACCGUCGCACAGCCCCCGCUCCCACCACCACGCACUCCCACGCCUCCUGCGGUCUGGGUGGUAUGGGUGGGUCAUGAGGGCGGCUUUUGGCUGUUGGAGAGAAGCGCUCGCCGGCCGGCCGCUUCUGGCGGGGCUUCGGAGGAAGCGAGACGUGCCCCUCCUCGCCCUCUGCUCUCCAGCCACUACCUCUAUGAGCCGCUUGCAGGAUGUUCAGACCCCCUGAAGACUCCGCAGACGCCGUCCUUCUGCCUCCCCCUCCACCUAAGGGCCUCUUCCCCGUCUUCUGCCCAGUGCUCGCCUCCCCCCUGCGAAGAGGGCUUCGCAGGGGCAGUGAACCUGCUAGAAACAGCCGAUCUUUGCGCUCCCUGGGAGGCAGAAAGCCACGCUCCCAAGAGGGAGGCGGCGCUGCAGCUCACAGCCAGCACGGAAGACUCCCCUCGCAACACAACGUCUUCCUCGCAAGCCGACUUUCUGUUCACCCCCCCCCCAGAAACGGCUGCUGAAGAGGAAGACGAGUCGCCGAGGCGCCUUGCAGGCUGCCUUCCUUCUCCUGCAGGGGAACGAGCCAAGGCUCUCUCUGGCAGCAGCCUUAACCUCGACAAAGCCCCCCCUGCCGCCGCUUGGCUCGAGGCGGGGGAGGAGUUGUUCGCGUUCCCCGGAGUGUGGGAUUUAGACGCAGAUGUUCAUGAGCCUCCUCCUGCCUCACAGCCUCCCGAAUCGAGCGGCUGCUCGAGGGAGGCUCUGCCUGGGCGCCGUGAAUCUCACGGCUCUCUUUCCCCCUCUCGACGCGCGCCGUCUGAGGUUGUGUCUUGCACCGCCUCUUCUGCGGCUGAGCGCGCCGCAGACCUUUCGUGGGAUGCAUGCACAGCCACUCUGCAAGGCGAAGAACUGGUGGACGUCGCUGGAAGGGAAGACUCGUUGCUCGGCGUGUGGCUGCUACAAGCUGCCGUCGAUCUGGAGGAGAAGGUGCUCAGGCGCCUCUGCAACAGCGGCAACAGCUCCAAAGGCUGCGUGCGCAGCAGCUUGUACGGCAGCGCCACAGAGGCGCUCCCGUCCUCGCCAGCUAUCCUGCACGGAGAAGGGGAGCGCGAAGCGGCAAGAGGCGCGAACUCAGCAACACCAACCCCCCUGUGGAGCCGCUUGGAGGGCAAGUGGCGGCGCAGUCGCCGCUGGGUGUGCUGCUGGGAAGCAACUGGCACGUUUUGUUUGACGCUUGCUCUCUUUGCUUCGGCUCUCUCCGCAGACCCCGAGCUCGGCAGCAAGGGACCUCCCCCCCUGCUGCACCUCUUGCUGCUCAAGGGGAGACUCCCCUUGCUCUUCUACGUAGGCGCUGCUGCCUCAGGUCUGCAUUUCAAUCCAGCAUUCCUCUACGCGAGCUGGCUUGCGUCUGCGGGCAGCCGUUCGCUAGGCUUCACGAAUCUGCUCCUAGCAUUGCAGUACAGCGCAGCAGCAGUCGCAGCUGCAGUCGUAUGGAGUUUCUGUGGAGCCUCUGGGCGCAUCGCAGCCGCCUUCGCUUCUCCGAGAGACGCGUCUCUUCUGCAGCUGGCUGCAGCGGAGGCAACUCUCGCCGGCCUGGUGGUGAGCUGUGGAAGCCGCGAAACGUGCACAUUUGCACCUGAACACGUGGAGUUGGGCUUCUCGGAGGUCGCCGCAGCAGCACACGCUUCACGAGGCAGCCGCAGCGCCUUGCUGUUGUACCGAUCCGCUGCAAUGCUUUUGCUGCUGCUGCUGUUUGCCGCCUUGCACCCCCCCUCCCCAGCAGCGCUGAACCCGGCGGUUGCGUAUACCGCUGCCUGGCUUUCUCGCGUUGACGAGUCGAACUUCCUGCAUCCGCCUGCUGCGGCUGCCUCGGAGGGGCCCUCAGCGUGGAGUGGCGCUGCUUCCUGGUUCAGUUUCUUCCUUCUCUUUUCCUUCGCCCCCUAUCUGGGUUCCCAAGUGGCCGCUAUUUUGUGGUGCAGGUGCGGGUGUGCCAGCAGCAGCAGCAGCAGUAGCAGCAGCAGCAGCAGCAGUAGCAGCAGCAGUAGCAGCAGCAGCAGCAGCAGCAGCUGCAUGCACAGUCUCCACAGCAGCACUGGCAGCGCGCGAAGUGCACUGCCGGUAGACGGCAACAGCCGCAACAACGCCAGCAGCACCAAGGGCAGCAGCAGCAGCAGCAGCAGCAGCAGCAGCACUGCCACAAGCAUAAGAACAGUCUUUCAGGAGGAGGCGUUGGCGUUGAAGCGGGGAUCUCCAGACCAGGCUUUGCUUGAUGAGGCUCUGCUCGACUGUUAUGGCAGAUUUUUUGCGUUGCUGCCAGAGUCGCUGCUGCUCGAUUCGGUGCAUCUGUAUUUCCAAGUGCAAGAGGCAUGGUGGUGGUAUAUAGACAUAUGGGUGGAACGCUACAAGGAACGUCUCCUCCGCCUCUCCUUGAGAGACUUCGGCCUGCUGCUCUUCGCAGACUGCCCCCUCCUGCAACUCUUCUUCCCUCUGGAGCGUCACGACAGGUGCCUCAACGAGUGGCAGGUGUACUGCCGGCAGAUCCCUCUAAGAGGAGCGAUCAUUCUGAAUCAGGACCUCACGAAAUGCCUGCUCAUUACGGGUUGGCGCGGAAAUCGGUGGCAAUUUCCGCGGGGGAAGAUGGACGAAGGGGAGACAGAUGCUUCCUGCGCAAGCCGUGAGGUGCGCGAGGAGGUAGGUCUUGAUGUUUCCUCUCUCAUCGAGAAGCAGCUGUUUAUUCGGGGUCGUGUGGGUCCGCAAAUCUUGAAGCUUUUUAUUAUUCCUGGAGUUCGAGAAGAUGUGAAGCUGCGCCCUCAAAAGCGGAAGGAGAUCGGCAGAAUUCAGUGGUUUGCUUUGGAGCAGAUUUUGGGGUAUGCGGAUGCCAGCGGCGGCGGCGCGCUUGGGCAGCAGCUGUUGCAGCAGCAGCAGCACAAGUUUCAUCAGGUGCAGCAGUUCAUUCCCAACCUCCUUCGGUGGAUUCAUGUCUUGAAGGCUUCUGCCGCUGCAACUUCUCCCUCCGCAAGCGCUGCUGCUGCUGUGGCGGAAGACGGUGCGGCGGGAGGGGGAGUAGCUGGCAAGGCCAGAAGGAAGCAGCAAGCCGAGGCUUUGUUGCGAGUCAUUGGAGCGCAGUCUUCAGACGGAGGAGGAGGCAGCAGUAUUAGCAGCAGUAGUAUUAGCAGCAGUAGUAUUAGCAGCAGCAUCGCGGGCUGUUCUUACACCGUGCCUCCUUUAGAUCCAGAGACGUUGAGUGCCUUGCAAUGCAUCGAAGGAGAUGAAGCGGCGGCUGCUGCUGCUGCUGCGAGCGCCCAAUGGCUGCCUUCGCAGCAGCAGGAGCUGAAGGCGAGCGGCCAAGUAACAGCUGAAUGCAGCACGCACGUUGCUUCCGUGUGCAGCAACAGCAGCAGCACUGUCAACAGCAGCAGCACUAUCAACAGCAGCAGC